GUCAAGCUAAAGAGCUGUACGGGCUGCAACCUCUUUCAUUUAAUAUUUACGUCCGCAAUCUCUGUGAUAGAGAAAUACGACUGCCAGGAUUAUCAUGAUUUGACCAACGGAUUUUAUUUUCAUCUGGCGUCCCACUAGAGCUAAGUGGUGGAUGAAGGGCAGGGGUCAAAUUCAAUCUCAUCAAAGCCUGAGCUGCCUGUCAGUUGUAUGAGAAGUAAGGCUACAUUUCCAGGAGAGCUGGAGAAAAAGCUGAAAAGUACCAUCUGAAGCGACAGGAUUGCCCUAUGGACAAGAAGCUUUAUCUCGGACCUGUGCAACAUUUGUCUCAAUCUUCAUCAUACAACAUCAAGUCCUGGAAGUUGUGACUGGUGUGGAAAGAAGACCGUGCCACAUGUUCUGUAAAUUUGAUUCCGGGGGAAAUGCAGAAUGGUAUGCAGCUCUUUUCUAGCACCAUGCGUUUGUUACUGCGGUGGCUGCGGCUGUGCUUCAGGCGAGGCCACAAAAGGCUGCCAAGGUGUGUACGGGAGCCUUGGAGCUACAGCAGGCUGCUCCUCAAGUCCCUAUAUUUCAACUCACUCACCAACUCUGAUGUGGUCAUGGAUGCCCUCUUCGAGCCUGUGUUCUGGCUAGUGGACCAUCUCACACGUUGGUUUGGAGUGGUCUUUGUGUGCCUGGUUGUGAUCCUCACCAGCUCUAUUCUUAUCAUCGCAUACUUCUGCCUGCUGCCCAUGGUCUUGGAUACAUACUCUACAGCUUGGAUCAUUUGGCAUCUCUGCUAUGGCCACUGGAACCUGGUAAUGAUUGUCUUCCACUAUUACAAAGCCACCAGGACAUCCCCUGGACACCCUCCCCAGAUAAAAUGUGAUAUACCAGCUGUGUCCGUCUGCAAGAAAUGCAUAAUUCCCAAGCCGGCCAGAACCCAUCACUGCAGUAUUUGCAACAGCUGUAUAUUAAAAAUGGAUCAUCACUGCCCUUGGCUGAACAACUGUGUAGGCCACUUCAACCAUCGCUACUUCUUCUCUUUCUGCCUAUUCAUGACCUUGGGCUGCAUUUACUGCAGCAUCAGCGGGCGAAAUUUGUUCCUGGAUGCUUACAGAGCCAUUGAGCGCUUCAAGAGCUUGGAUGUGGAGCCACAAGGGGUUCCCGUGACGGGGGUAGGAUGGCUCAUUGGCCUCCUACCUCCUGGAUCUGCACCUGGGCAGAGCUAUUAUCAGACUCCAGCUCCUCCCUUCACAUUCAGGGACAAGAUGUUUCAUAAGAGCAUCAUUUACAUGUGGGUGCUGACAAGCACGGUAGCACUUGCUCUUGGAGGCUUGACACUGUGGCAUGCCAUGCUGAUCUCUAGAGGUGAGACCAGUAUUGAGAGACACAUCAACAGCAAAGAGACUCGGCGCAUGCAGAAGAAAGGGAAGGUUUUCAGGAAUCCAUUUAAUUAUGGCAGAUUAAACAACUGGAAGGUGUUCUUUGGUGUUGAGAAGAGGAGUCAUUGGCUGACCCGUGUCCUGCUGCCUUCCAGUCACCCACCCUAUGGUGACGGGAUCACCUGGGACUUCACUUUACACAGGAAGGACCUGAUGGCUGUCUGACUACUGAUGCAAGUUUCACUCCUCAGCACUAUGGGAAUGGUUGCCCCAGGGUAGCGUUGGAGUCUAAAGGCAGCCUGGGGACUUGGAGUCAGAGGGGUUACUCUGGCCUGCCCCACCAGCAGGGGCACAGUCUCUCAUACCAGCCUCUGACCCACUGUAGAAGGAGUAGACUGCCCUCAUGUAGGCAUUUGGGAGUUAAUUUGACAGUUACUCUCUUGACAUGUGGUCUCCUUGACUCCCUUCUGUGUAAUGGUAGGCCUGAUGGGGGGUGCUAGUGACGCACCACCAUCACACAAGGCUUCCCAGUAAAUCAUUUGAUAGGAAUUUGCAAGGGUGGUGGAGAUGACAGUUGAAAACACUGAGGCAGCUGGUUGUCCUUUUUAAGGUACCCUGAAAGACCAUGUUUAAGCACAUGUAAAACUGUGCAGUUAACAUUUGGUGGAUGUUUGUACUUCUACAUUUGAUAAAAAAAUAAAUUCCAUGAUUUUUAAUCACACAUACUUGCUGUGUUGACUAUGUCACUGAUUAUUCAAGUAGGAUGGGUCUCUAUUCUAAGCACUGAUGGUGAGAAACGAGCAGGUCCUUUCUGUAAGAUUGCAGUUAAACAAU